UCCGAAUCUUGCUUACAGUGUUUCACGGGCAAUUCUUUAACAGAUAGACCCGGCGUGUUCACUGGUGCAGUCACCGCUCCUUGUGAUUUGCUUUUGCUUUUGCGAGUCAUACCGCUGUCCUGUCAGUUCUGCAAGGGGAUUUCCCACCGCAUUCUCCGUACUUAUUUACACCUCGUCCCCUCACCAACCCCCACCACUAGGACCAUCUUCACUCACCCAACCUCUCCUAGAAAAUAAGGAUGAAAGUCCUGUGUCUCCAUGGCAGAGGCACAAGUGGCGCAAUCUUCAAAUCGCAAACCUCCUCCGUCCGCUCGCGCCUCACAGACCUCAAUCUCGACUUUGACUUCCUCGACGGUCCCUACCCCUGCAGCCCCGCUCCCGGAAUCGAGCUCUUCUACCCAGGCCCAUACUACUCGUACUUCGCCGAGACCCCGCAGAACACCGCAUUCGAGACAAUCGAGUCAACGCACGAAUGGCUAUCAGAUAUAAUAUCACAACGCGGGCCGUACGAUCUGGUCCUGACAUUCUCACAGGGCGCAGCACUUGCGGCGGGGAUGCUUCUGGUGCAUGAAAUGGAUUCGCAAGCACAGUCACACUUUCCAGAAGCUGAAACCGAAUCCAGACAUGGCCAUGCAGAUAAAAGUACCAGGAAACCACCGUUUAAAUCGGCAAUCUUCAUCUGCGGCGGCGCGCCUCUCGCCCUGCUCGAACACGUCGGGUAUAUUAUUCACGCGGCCACGAAAGAGCGCGACCUCGCAAGCAGAGUGGCACUGUCAUCCAUGGCCGGCUCCGCUGCAAUCCUAUCCCGGGGGUCAGCAAGGUGGACAGCGAACGGGCUCGACAUGACAUUCCCCUCUACCACGACAUCAUCGCCCUACAGCUACAACCAACUCAGCAACGGUUCGCUGCAACUGACGUUCAAUAAGGAGGACGAGAUCCGGCGGGAGAUAUCAAGACGUGGGGGUGUGAAGAUCUCUAUUCCGACGGUGCAUAUCUACGGUGAGCGUGAUCCGCGCUAUAUUGCUGGGAUUCAGCUGAGCGAGGUGUGUGAGAAGGCGAGGAGGAAGGUGUAUAACCAUGGCGGCGGGCAUGAGAUUCCGCGAUUUGAGGCUGUGAGUGGAGCGAUUGCAGACUUGGUGAGGUGGGCUGUUAGAGCUGCGGGGGAGUAAGAGUUGCAUUUGUUUGGGGCAUGGGGUGGUGUUUAUUCUGUGGAAUUGGAUUGUUUGGGUUUAUGGGGUUGGGUUCGGGUUUUGACUUCCUGGAGUUGCGGGUUCCAUACACCACGACCACGUUAACGAGCCACCUACUUAGGUAACAGCGCCUGUAAUUGAAUUAAUAGACCGAGACGUAAAUCAAUUCUGCUGCAGGAGAAUAAUAGUCGGUAUCGUUCCCGAACAGUCAAAACCCGCCCUCAUCGGCAAUCGGUCUUUGACCGACGGCUAUUGAAUGUAUCUCCGAACUAUAUAGACCUCAGUCUUCAUGCAUUUGCCGCUGCAGACAAUACAUUGCAACUAAGAUAAUCGAC